UUAAGUUAGGUUACUUUAAUACAGUGACCUCGAUCCGUGUAUAAAACGUCGCUUAGACGUUUAAAAGUCGUCUGGAACGUCAUUCUUAUACGAUAUAAUUUCUUUUGAAUUUGACAAGUAUACUAUGCGCAUAGUAACAUGGAGGCAUUAGUGCAACGAAUAAUUUCAGAUACAAGUGACGAAUUUUCAAAAGAUAUUGCCAUCUUUGAGAAAAAUUAUGGAAGCAGGACUGUAUUCGAAGAACUAAACCAUGAUAAGUUACGAGAAAAGCUAUGGGAAAAAUUGUUUCAUUGUCUCUCAGAUAAUUCACAGUCAUCACUUCAUCAUAAUUGUUUAUCUACUUUACGGAUACUUAGCAGAGACAAAACAAAGCUAUACGAAUUAAUCACAGACGAAAGACUAGGUAUUAUAUUAAAUAAUGCAGCUCUAAAGGACACAGGUGCAAAAGAACAUAUUUAUACCAAUGUUACUAUCGAAGCUCUCAAACUACUAUGUAAUUUAAUAUUCAACAGUGCAAAGGUACAGGAAAUAUUACCAAAAACACUUUGUUUACAAUGCCUAAUUGAACGUAUGAAAAAAUACAAUGACCACAUUCCAUACGAAGUGACAUUAUUCGAUACCAGAAUUGUAUUCCUAAUUACUGCCCUAAACGUUACCACCAGAUAUGUUGUCAAAACAGAAUUAAAUGGAGAUGAAUGUCUGAUAAAAAUGUUGGAAAACAUAACCAAUCAAUAUGAACAAGAUAAAUCACAUGAUAUCAAGGAAGAUAAUGCAACAUUACUGUGUGAAAUUUUAAAAGCAUUAUUUAAUUUGUAUAUAAAUUCAGAUGAUAUGGCAGAAGAAGAGAAGAAUAAGCGUUUAGUUUUAAUUUUGAGGAAACUAUUGUUAUCUGAAUGUGAGAAAGAAGAUGAUCUUCAGAGCAAUAUCGCAAAUCUAUUAACUGUAAUACCAUAUUACUGUUAUUCAGUAAUGAUACCUCCUAGUAAAGAGAAACACAAACAAAUAUAUCAAAAUAUGGACAUGAGUGCAGUAUAUGUUUUAUUAAAAUUUCUAGACAAAAGACUAAAUUACAAAACCGAUUUAAUAGGAAAUCUCAGUCCAAUUGUUACUACUUUUAUUAGAAUGGUUAAAGCUGAGAGAUUGAUUAGAAAAUAUGCUAGGUUACAGAUCUUACCUCCUUUAAGGGAUGUAAUGCAUCGCCCAGAAGAAGGAACUACUCUAAGAGCUAAACUGUGUAAAUUAUUAACUUCUCCUGUAGUAGAGGUACGAGAUCUUGUUGCAGAGUUCUUGUUUAUACUGUGUAAAGAGAAUGUUGUUCGCAUGGUAAAGUAUACUGGAUAUGGGAAUGCUGCUGGUAUGUUUGCAAAUAAAGGAUUAUUAGGAUCGAAUAAAAAAAAGCCAAAUUAUUAUUCUUCUGAAUCAGAAGACAGCGAAACUGAGGAAUACUUGAAACAUAAGGAACAGAUCAAUCCUGUGACUGGUUGUUUUGAACAUCCAAAACCUAAUCCUUUAGAAGGAAUGUCAGAGGAACAGAAAGAGUAUGAAGCAUUGCAGCUCCUUGGUCUUGUUGAUAAGUUAACGAGGGAAGGUGUGAUGCAACCUUGUAGGAUUGGAGAAGACGGGAAACCAAAGCCGAUCGAACACGUCUUGGAAUUGCAAGAGAAACUGCCAAAACAACAAUAUGCCCAUCAGGAUUCUGAUUCUGAUUGAAUGCUGAGAAAUACUUCUUAUAUAUAAAACUAUAUGAAAGAACAGACAUGAAAUAAAAGCAUGUAUGUACAAAA